AUGGCGCCCCCCUGAGAUGAGCUCGGCGAUCGUGUGCAAUUCCGUGUUCGACAAAGUACCGAGCUUGGCAGCCAGAGAGAAGAGAAACCGACCCUUUAGAGACCGUUUAUUUUCCUUCCUUUUCAAAUCGUUUUCCCUCUGUGAAUUCUGAGCUUUGUUGCUUGUCGGGAGUUAAAUACGAACCGGAACUAACGCAGUCCGAUCUUCGGACGGUGCAGGGACGCCUGCGGGUAAGGUGCUUUUUGAAUCGAAAGGCAGUCGCAGCAUUGGCGAGCUGGCGUAGAAAGGGGAGAACCAGUGCUGCGCAGCGAGUCGGUCAGUCAGGGAGAGCCGGGUGGACCACGACACAGCCGCCGCCAUCGCCACGGGGAGUCGGGGCCCGGGAGGGAGCCUGCCAGGCCCUCGGCUUGAUGCACCCUGCUUGCCUUGCCUCAGCCGCAGUCCGAGAUGGGGGAGACCAAAAUUAUCUACCACCUCGACGACCAGGAGACACCAUAUCUCGUGAAGUUGUCUGUGCCGGCGGACAAAGUCACUCUGGCAGACUUCAAAAAUGUCCUCAAGAAACCAAAUUACAAGUUCUUCUUCAAAUCUAUGGACGAUGACUUCGGGGUGGUAAAGGAGGAAAUAUCAGAUGACAACGCUAAGCUGCCCUGUUUUAAUGGACGUGUGGUGUCAUGGUUGGUUUCUGGAGACGGGUCCCACACAGAUGCAGUCUCAGUUGCAGAUAGUUUAGAGCCAACACCCCCUUUGGAGAGGACUGGGGGCAUUGGAGACUCACGACCACCUUCCUAUCACGGGAAAGCAGCAAGUGGUCGGGACAGUUUGGACAAUGAGACAGAGACCUCCUCCAUGGUGUCUCAGAGGAGGGAGAGGGAGAGGCCGAGACGGAAGCACACAAAUGACCACGGCGGGAGACAGAAUGGCUUCUCAUCGCGGGCAGUGGGACGUGGGGGCGCCGAGUACGACAGCUGCUCGUCAUUCAUGAGCAGCGAGUUGGAAUCCACUUCCUGCUUUGAUUCGGAGGACGACGAUGCAACCAGCAGAUUUAGCAGCUCCACUGAACAGAGCUCCUCUCGCCUAAUGCGACGUCACCGCCGUCGCCGACGGAAACCGAAAGCCUCCAAUAUGGACAGGUCCUCAUCAUUUAGCAGCAUCACAGACUCCACCAUGUCUCUGAACAUCAUCACUGUCACUCUCAACAUGGAAAAGUACAACUUCUUGGGCAUCAGCAUUGUGGGUCAGAGUAAUGAAAGAGGAGAUGGAGGAAUCUACAUUGGCUCUAUCAUGAAGGGAGGAGCUGUCGCUGCAGAUGGCCGCAUAGAGCCUGGAGACAUGCUGUUGCAGGUGAACGACAUCAACUUUGAGAACAUGAGUAAUGACGAUGCAGUUCGAGUGCUGAGAGACAUUGUUCACAAACCAGGCCCCAUUACCCUUACUGUGGCGAAGUGCUGGGACCCAAAUCCUCGGAGCUGCUUUGCUUUACCAAGGAGUGAACCAAUCCGGCCCAUUGACCCAGCUGCGUGGGUGUCCCACACGGCAGCCAUGACCGGUGUUUAUCCCCCAUACGGCAUGAGCCCUUCCAUGAGCACCGUCACCUCCACCAGCUCCUCCAUCAGCAGCUCUCUCCCUGAGACAGAACGAUUCGACGAAUUCCACCUCUCCAUCCACAGUGACAUGGCAACAGUUGCAAAGGCCAUGGCUUGCCCAGAGUCGGGUCUAGAGGUGCGGGACAGGAUGUGGCUGAAGAUCACUAUCGCAAAUGCCUUUAUUGGCUCUGACGUGGUGGACUGGCUCUUCCAUCACGUGGAAGGCUUUUCAGAUCGCCGCGAAGCUCGUAAAUAUGCCAGCAACCUGUUAAAGGCAGGCUACAUCCGACACACAGUGAACAAGAUCACCUUCUCUGAGCAAUGCUACUACGUCUUCGGAGACCUCUGUGGCAACAUGACCCACCUGUCUCUCCAUGAUCAUGAUGGUUCUAGCGGAGGUGCAUCAGAUCAGGACACUUUGCCUCCUCUGCCCCACCCGGGGGCAGCUCCCUGGCCCAUGCCCCUGCCCUAUCAGUUCCCUAUCCCUCAUCCUUAUGACCUGACACAGCCGUUUCCCGGAGGACCAGGCGCUGGCAGUGCAGGAAGCCAGCACAGUGAAAGCAGUGGUUCAAACUGCAGCAAGAAUGAGGCUCGGAAGUCCGGCGGCAGUGGCAGUGAAACUGAGAUCAGGAGCCACCGAGCUCCAAGUGAGCGUUCAGUGGCGCCCCCAAGUGAGCGAAGCAUCCGUAGCUCAAUCAGCCACCGCAGUGCCAACUCACACUCAAUAGCCUAUGGGCCUGGCCUUGUUUAUGGUCCCCCUGGCUUGCCCCCCCAGCCCUCACAUCUAUCUACUGCUGCACCAGGUGCCCCACCAGGCAGAGAGAUUCCCUCUGUGCCCCCAGAGCUUACUGCGUCACGUCAGUCUCUACGCAUGGCAGUGGGCAACGCCGGAGAAUUCUUUGUUGAUGUGAUGUGAUGCAGGUUACAGGCUGAUAAGUAGCUGAUUGGACUUUUCAUGUCAUAAUAAGGCUGAGAAGGACAACACAAUAGGACAGGAGGGAGGGAAGACGGGAAUGCUAUAACCCCCAAGGCUGUGAUUUCACCCUUCUACAUGGCAGCAGUCCUGCUCUAUACGCUAAGAUAAAUGCUUCUCUUUUGCUUUUUUCCUCCUAGUAGUGGCCAUACUUUCUUCAGUGAAGAAGCCCUCUCACUCAAAAUGGAACCAAAGCGCCUUUCUUAAUGUACGCUCCUUGGUAAGGAAAAGUUUGUGUGAGGACAAAAAGCAAGAGAGGGAAAGGGAGAGGGAAGCAGUACAAAUAGAGAGCAGGGGAGGAUGACUCAGCGCUUUUCUACAUGGAUGUUUUUCAUUUGUUCCUCUGUUCACUCUUCCCUCCUCUCUGCCUUCCUUAUCUACACUCUCUUGUCCUCCCCCACAUGUCGUCCACGUCAAAACUUAGAGGAAGAAAGAAGUAUCUUCCCACCUUUCAUACAUUCACUUCCCACUUGCAGACCUCCAACAAGAAAAAAAAUACUAAAGCUUAAAUGAACACUAACUUUUUGAACUUAUUCAGACCUUUUAAAUGUUUGCUUGACUUAAGAGCAAAAGAAGUGGAAAGAAAUGUGUGCACAGUGCAAGAGAAUUGCAGUCCUUACCGUAAGAAUGCAUUUGUUUUGUUAUAUAUAAAUAUAUGUAUACAUAUGUAUGUAUACGUAUAUGUAGCUGGUCACAACUAGUUUCAUUUUAUAAUGCUUAACUUAAGCAUCCAGCUUCAAGAGUCAUUUUUACACUACACAACUGCAUUUUCAUCUGUUAACCAGAGCAUUUUCUGACUCUGUCUUGUGAUAAUGUAUAGUGAAAAAAAAAUCUUACCAUGACUUUCACACUACUCUUUUAUUAAGGAAAAAAUGUCUUUUUAUUUAUAAAUAUAGUUUUAUGACUUAAA